GGAGCUGCUGAGUGUGCAUACCUGUUGAGAGCACAGACACACGCCCUGCUCUGGGGCCCUGCUCCCAUGGAGAUGCCCCUGGCCCAGAUAUGCCCCCCAGGUCCCUGGCCAGAGGCCUUGGAGUCACUCUAAGCCUGGGAGGAAGGGGAUAGAGGCAGCUCCUUUCUGAGGAACCCAGCAGCCUUCUUUGUGCCAACAGGGAGUUAUGAAGCGCCUGCCCCAACCUUCAGCACUUUCCAGACCAUGGACUUGACCCGCAAGAGAUGCCCGAGCUCGGGCUUGCUCCAGGAGCCCCGACCGCAGGCCUUGAAGGCCGAGGAGCCCCCGCCCAGCUCGGGGACGCUGGCUGUCCACGCUGCGGCAUCUUCCUGGACCCCAGAGACUGCUUCUGUCCCAGGGAAUACUGAGAAGGCUGAAGAGGUGCCCGGGGAAGAUGGCCUGUCCCUGCAGGCGGAGAUCCUUGCUUGGUUCCAGAAGACCCAGGCUCACUGGCUCCUGCAGCAAGGGACAGCACCAGCCUGGUUCCAUGGCUUCAUCACCCGGAGGGAGGCCGAGAGGUUGCUGGGGCCCCAGCCUCAGGGAUGCUACUUGGUGCGGUUCAGCGAGAGCGCCGUGACCUUCGUGCUGACCUACAGGAGCCGGACUUGCUGCCGCCACUUCCUGCUGGCCCAGCUCAGGGACGGGCGCCACGUGGUGCUGGGCGAGGACAGCGCCCACGCGCAGCUUCAGGACCUGCUGCGGCACUACACCGAGUGUCCGCUCAGCCCCUACGGGGAGACACUCACCCGGCCGCUCGCCCGCCAGGGCCUACUGACUUUGCCCAGGCUACCCUUCAACUGGUCAUCCUCCUGCCUCAGCCUCCUGAGCUGCUGGGAUUACAGACUCCUGAGCCCGCAGGGCUGUCCCUCAGGACUGAAGAGUCAGACUCUGGAAGCCACAGUCAGAACCCAAGCCCCCAGCACAACCCAGACAUGCAACAGGGGCAGGCUCCAGCCCUACCGCACAAAGAGGGGGCCUGGGAGCCCAAGGAGCCUCGUCUUCCCUCCUAGCCCACUCAGCCGCCCAGGACCAAGCCUCCCGUCCCCGCCAAACCUCAACUGCCCCCGGAACUCUACACGAGCCCCGCCCCGCGACCCCGCCCAGUCCCACCCCCCAAACCCACCCACCCCAUCUACCAAGAGCCCGAGGAACCCAUCGCCUUCUACGCCAUGGGCCGGGGCAGCCCUGGGGAGGCCCCCAGCAACAUCUAUGCCGAGGUGGAAGGUCUGUCAGCGACGGCGUCCGCUGGGCACCGCGUCCUCCGCAAGUGCCUAUCCAGGCCUGUCCCAGGAGGCCAGAAUCCAGGUGGUCCACAGAGGUACUCUGAGAAUUCUGGGGCUGGACAAGGCCCUCCCCUGCCUCAGCAGCCUCCACUCCCCUGGAGGCACACCCUUCCCCACAACCUCUCUAGACAGGUGCUUCAGGACUGAGGACAGGCAUGGCUCCCCGUUGGGCCUCCUCUAUAAGUGCACUUCACAUUCUGCUCAGCAGGCAGCUGGGGUGAAGACCUGGCUGGGUCCUUGCCCAGGAGCCAGCAACACGGAAACACCCUCUACAGGACAACGUUGCUGUCCCCACCAUGUGCAAGGCUGAUCCUUAGACCUCAGCUUCCCAGUCAACGCAGCACUGCUUGCUCGGCUCUGCCCUGGUCCCCCCAACAGCUUCCAGGACCACAUGGACCCACUCCUGACCAAGACCCUCAGUCCUUCCUCCUCCAGCCCUGUGGCUGAUGCUGCCAAGACAGUUUAUCCAAGAUCAGUCCUAUUGCUCCUUAUCUCUCCCUCACCCGUCUCCUCUUUCCCACUAUCAGAACCUCCAGAAGGCCUGCGAUGGAGUCUGUUCACCUUCUACACUGCUAGCAUUUGUUUGUGACCAGAAAAUUACAACCACUAAAUAAAAUGCCAUCUUUGGUAGGACAAAAAAGCGGCUUUGAAAAUAUAUACGUAAGACUUCUUGAGAAAUGAAGGUGAGGAGGAAUGUAGCUCAGCAGCAGAGCGCUGGCCUAGCAUAUGUGAGACCACGAUUUCAAUCCCUAGGACCACCAAAAACUCAGAGUGGAAGGCAAGAAGCCCCUUAAGAGUGAACUGGUCUGAUUCUGCCCAUCCCCAAAAGACACUGGGACUUUCUCUUCCCAUGUCCCUCCAUCCCAGCCCAAAGAACAUUUCCUGCCACAUCUUGGAGCAGCCCCUAAAAUAAGUUAAACUUUUGGGGGGCUGGGGUAUGGCUCAGCGGUAAAGCACUUGCCUCCCAUGUGUUAAGGCACUGGGUUCGACCCUCAACACCACAUAAAAGUAGAUCAACAAAGAUGCUGCUUCCAUGUACAACUAAAAAUACUAAAUAAAAUAAAAGAAGUUAGACUUCUGAAUCCCAGGAGCA